UUUCCCAGAGACACAGUUGGGCAGAGCGCAGCGCGCCGCCGAGCUCCGGACGCACCUGAGCGGAGAACGGAGUGACCAUCAGGGAGCAGGAAACAGCCUUUCACUUUCUCCGAGCUUCAAACACUCCUCUGCAAACAUCUGCCACGUCGUCUCUCGUGGAGAGAGGACUGGACUGACUGAGUAUCAGCUGCUGUGGAGUAACAUGUCUACCUCUUCUGCGUCUCUCGCGGACCCAAUCAUUGUUUUGGCGCUUGGCACGCGUUUCACCGCGUUCAUGUUUUAAACGUUUAGACGGCGAGUUUCAGAAUCAUUAAGAGUCCUCGCGGCAUGUGAGCGCUACGAAUCGUGUUCAGAGUUCAUGUUUUUCCUGCGAUGUCCCAGAGCAUCUGCGUGGAAAACUUGAAGGCAUGCUGCAUGUUGACUGUUCCGACCGUGCGAGCAAGCUGAGCCAGAUGGACACAAGCCCGAGACACUGGAGUCAGACUGUGUUGCUGAAUGGGUGACGAGCAACUAGUCACCUCACAGACCCUGUGAAGUUCCUCUCCAUCGUAUUGUGCAGGACAGAGUCCAUCAGUAGCAGUAAUGUACCAGGAAGUUGCAUUCCUAGCUGGCAGCACUGAACAGCAGUUUACGCCGUUCCACUUCGGCCGUGUGGAGAACACUCAGGAGGUCGUCCCUAAGAAGGGUUUGUUCUACAAGCGGGCCCAGCUCCUUCUUCAGCCCCAGUCUCGCCAACAGGAUGGAGAUGAGAUUGGCCUGGCUGAUGGAGCAGCCAUUAUCAACGUUGGGGGCAUCAAGUAUUGCAUCCCCUGGUCCACGCUGGAGGAGUUCCCCCUGACUCGGCUGGGCAAGCUGCGCGGCUGUAGCAAUGAGGCCGAGAUCAUGGACGUGUGUGACGACUACGACGGCAGCCGUAACGAGUACUUCUUUGAUCGAAGCCCGUCAGCUUUCCGCACCAUCGUUUCUUUCUUGGCUGCGGGGAAGCUGCGCCUGCUGAGGGAGAUGUGCGCCCUGUCCUUCCAGGAGGAGCUGCUGUACUGGGGGGUGGAGGAGGACAACCUGGACUGGUGCUGCCUCAGGAAGCUGCGGCUCAGGCAAGAGGAGUACAAGGAGCAGCAGAGGCUGGAGGAGGAGGAGGAUGAUCUCACCUCUCCACAGUCCUGUGAGGAGAAUCAGCAGCUCCCUCCAGAGGUGGAGGAGACCUGCUCGGGGGGCUGCAUGCGACGACUUCGGGACAUGGUGGAGAACCCUCACUCCGGCCUGCCAGGGAAGAUCUUCGCCUGUUUGUCAGUGGUAUUUGUAGCAAUCACUGCUGUGACGCUGUGUGUCAGCACCAUGCCAGACCUCAGAGAGGAGGAGGAGAGGGGUGAGUGCUCCCAGAGGUGCUUUAACAUCUUUGUCCUGGAGACUGUGUGCGUUGCCUGGUUCUCACUGGAGUUCAUGCUGCGCUUCAUUCAGACCCAGAGCAAGUGUAUGUUCCUCCGUACUCCUCUGAAUGUUAUAGACGUGGUGGCCAUCCUUCCCUACUACAUCACCCUCAUCGUGGACUCUCUGUCAGUGGGAGGGAAGCCUACAGGCUCAGGGAACAACUACCUGGAGAAGGUGGGGUUAGUUCUUCGAGUCCUUCGAGCUCUGCGGAUCUUUUACGUGAUGCGGUUGGCUCGUCACUCCUUAGGCCUGCAGACGCUCGGUCUGACGGUGAGGAGGUGCACGCGUGAGUUCGGCCUGUUGCUCCUGUUCCUUUGUGUGGCCAUGGCUCUCUUCUCUCCACUGGUGUUCCUAGCUGAGAGUGAGAUGGGGGCCAAGCAGGAGUUCACAAGCAUCCCCGGCAGCUACUGGUGGGCCGUUAUCUCCAUGACCACAGUCGGAUACGGAGACAUGGUGCCCAGAAGCAUCCCCGGCCAGGUGGUGGCGCUAAGCAGUAUCCUGAGCGGCAUCCUCCUCAUGGCCUUCCCCGUCACCUCCAUCUUUCACACCUUCUCCCGCUCGUACUUGGAGCUGAAGGAGGAACAGAACCGAGCACUGAGGCAGAAGCCGGAUUCACAGGACAGCACCAAGUCUCAAAACAGCGAGGACUCUCAAGAGACGGACAGCUACCACGGCAUCACGGAGGCCACGGCCUCGACCUUACAGCGGAGGAAGGCCAUGGCGGCUCAGAGGGCUGCUGAGAUUAGAGUGUCCAUGCGAACGUAGCCGCUCCGUCUGCCGUGCUGUGUCAAGUGGCAGCCGGGGAGGCUGUGACGCCGGGCGCUGGGACUUCAAAGUUGACAAGCUGUAGGAUUGUGAGCUGGGAGGAGAUUUCUCUCUCCGGAGCUCGAGGUCUCUGCUUUGAUCGUGUGAAGCGCCUGUGCAGCAGAGCAUUUCUGAAUAUGUUCAGUUUUACAGUGGAGAUGCAGGGAUCUUUUUGCUGCACAAAUAUGACUUGAAAACAUGGAUGAGUGUACAAUGUUUAUGAUUAAACCACCUAAUUAAAAUGAGAUGAAAACAUAACUGAGACGGUGCUCUGACUGCGAUUCAGAUUUGACAUACAGAGAAAGAGAAAUCACAGUAUUCAACCCUCCGUCUAAUAAUCAAUCCCUCCAUGUAGCUGCAUUUUAGGGGAUAUAUAUAUAUAUUAUUCUAAUGCAAUAUCAUCCAUGUACUCUCCUGCAUCUUAAGUCAUAGUAGAUAUAUUUUAAGGCUGCUUUUAUAUUCACCACAGAAGGAGCAUAUUUUCAUUAAAUUAUUCAGACUUGUCUUCUGCACAGAGCCUCUCAUGCAUGAAUGUUCUCUUUAUUAUGUUGUGUCAUAAAUGUUCUUGCAUUAAGAAAAGAUAAAAAAUCUCUCAGUGUGUUCAUGAAACAUCCACUGCCAGUCAAACCAAGACGACAGCCUGAGGGGUUCAGAUAUUAAAUGUAAAGAUGUUUUAACACUUAGUAAUAAGCCUCCUACAUCCAGCCGCACUGAUUGAGUUUCACACGUUAUUUGGAUGUUGACAGACUGCUCCUGUGAUGUGGAUUACACACACAUGUACAGUCUUUCAUUCCAAUAAUAUAGCAGAGGACAUGAGAUGUGUCGUGUUAACUAGACCGGCUCAUUCAGACCUUUAAGUCUCUCUCUGUGGAGGUCUGGAGCCAGAGAGAUGUCUGCAGGGAGCUGCAGACAGUGUGAGGUGAAGUGGAUAAUAUCUUUCAUUUAUUUGAUUUAAAGGUUGAUGAUUGCAGCUCUGAAAUCUUCUCCAUGAACUAUUGAAAUCAGUGCAUCUGCAGGACUCACACAUCUUAACCACCACCAAGUUAGAGCUACCUGCAGAACUUUCUGGAUACUGUUUGUAAUAGCUAACACGGGAUUUCCACCAGAUCCGUGUCCGGAAACAUCAGUUCAGGGAGAGAUUUUGAAAGUCAACUCUACCCCUCCACACCAUAGACUGUAUAUAAAAUGGACGUCAUCUCGCUCGGCUUGAAGUGAGGCUGCCACAAAAACUGCUCCCCCUGGUGGCUGGCUGCAGUAAAAACUCUGUCUCCCCCAUCCAUUUGAAUGGGGCUGCAGUCAACUUUAAAAAAUCACACACGUGGUACAAAUGUUUCUCCCAUCCGUAUGCUGUGGUGAUAUGUAGUUAUUAUUUGACUGUUUUGUGUUCAAGGCCUCUUUUUCCUGAAAAGUGUCUUUUUCUUUAGUUAUUAGAGUUUAAAAAACUUUUUUACUUCCAGGUUUACUUUGAUUGACAGCUGCCGUAGAGAGAAACUCCGUAGGACCUCGGGACGGUACGCUGUAGGGCGGAGCUUGUUACCGUGGAAACACACCAAUUCCCUACUGUGCAGACUCUGGCUGCAGAAAAUUUACAUGAUGGCAGCAAUCUGGAACGGGAAAUUUUGGCUUCAAAACCGUACUUUGGCAAAAGGCGGAGCGACGCUGUCCAUUAUAUAUAGUCUAUGCUCCACACCAGAUUUCCCUCUCACUACAUCCCUCUCCCCCCCUCUCUGCUCCUGUAAGCCCCGCCCACAAACAGAUCGUAGUGCACGCUCAAUCAGGACGAUGUAGGAGGACCAUCAGGGGAGUGGCUCUGAUUGGUCGGAGCUGACGGGAGCGAUUGGAAUUUAUAGAUUGCUGGAUAAAGAGGCAUAGGAAAACACAGAGAUCUCGCAAUAAUCUCAAAAUACCUCAUUUAUUGAUGGCUGUUGAGGAGUGUUAUGACUUUUUUGCCAAACACAGCACAAAAUGAGCACAGUUUUCUACCCCAAUCCUACCAACUGCAGCUUUAAGUGCAAUACGAUCUGGUGAUAACACAGGGUGUUUUAUUCUGAAAAUUAACCUGAUGUUUUCAUUUUGUUUUGAUGAAACCUGACUUCCUGUCCCGCUCUAUCUGCUCUGUUGAGAUCGAUGCGUUGUGCUCCGGCAUCCGGGAAAAAAUAGAAGUCUUGUGUAUCUGAUCCGGAGGGCUCCCACCUGCCGGAGCAGAGAUGCAGCCGGAACGCAACAGAGCGGAUCCAGUGGAAGUUAACACAUUGACUAGAAUAGAAACCUAUCAGAUCUGGUGCUGUGACGGAUCAGAGACGGACCGGACACGGAUCAGGUGGAAUUUGGCCUUAAGAGUCAUUUAUACCACAUGUAGACUGUGCACUGGUGAGAGGAAGACGUUCUUUUGGAGACAUGGAGGUGUUGUUGGUGCAAAUUUUCGGAUCACCUGUUUAAUUAAAGUGAGCAGUGGCGUACAUUUCCUUACGUCUGAGUGAUAACUCAACGUUAAUGAAACCAAUCAGAGGCAAACACCCUUUGAUUCUCUUCAAAGAGGCAAACAUUACUCAUCCACAUCCAGGCAGUGAGAAAAACAGACUCCAACUUUCUCAGAUACUGCAAACACAUUUCAGUCUUACAGGAUUCCCUCAUAUCACUGCAAAUAAAACCCCUUUCUCUUCCUUUGACUUGAGUGCCUUUGUACUCCAAAGAAACACAUUCACAUUUUGUUUCCUCAAUUUGUUGUCAAGUCGGAUCCCAUCAAAGCAGAAGGUGCUCUGCAGUGCAAAUAAAAGUGUUUGCUGGAAGUUGAAGUUAAACCUGCCAACUCUGAAUCGCAGUCACUGAAUGAGCGGAAUCAGUGAGCAUGGAAACGUUACACAGAAUAUUGAAUGCUAUUAUAACCACAUGUCUUUGGUUUGAAGAAAUACAAAUGAGACAUCAUUAAUAUAGAAACUAUUGAAAUAGAUUUGUUCUUUGCAUCAUAAACCCAUGAAAUAAAGAUGAUAAUGAACAC